UGAGGCCAGAUUUGAAUAAGCCACGUCAUAGGAUGACGGAUUUAAUGGCUGCCUGAGGCGCAUGGGUCGCUGAUUUCUGAGGGUUGCCGAAUUUAAUGGAGGAUCGAAGACGGAAGCCAAUGAAGAAGAAGGUCCUGUGAUUUUGCGAUCUGCGACAGUGGUGGACUGACAAUUGGAGCAGAGCUCUGCUCUUUGUUAUUGUAGGUGUGGGUGAAGGCCCUGUUCUUGCACCAACUCAGGAAGACUUGUUGAGUUGACUCGAUGCGGUCCAUUUGCUAGCUGUGACAACACAUAAAUGAAGUCCCAUAAAGAAUGGAGAUAUGUAAUUCUCAAAAUUCUUGUUACUGAUGGAUGCAAAGCUGAAUAUGUACUGCAACAGUGCCAUUGGCACUCUCCUGAACUGAAUAUGUACGGCAACAGUGCCACUGGCACUCUCCUCAGAGGACACCAUCAAUGGGAAGAGACGGUUCACCACAAUGCUUACCACGAAGAUCCUUAUGCAAAGGAGUUUGGCAUCAAAAUCAGUGAGAAACUUGCUUCGGUUGAAGCACGCAUUUUACCUGCACCUUGGCUUAAAUACCAUGACACUGGUAGAGAAAAGGAUUGCUUGCCCCAAGUUGGUCAAUGGAAUAUGAUGAACAAGGUUUGUUUUCCGGGCCAAUUGCAACUAUUCAAGUUCCAACUAUCAACAUUUGCAAGUAACAAGCCAUAUAUGUGAACAUGGCACACGUACAAGAUCCAAGCUGAUCAUCAGAUGAGACCCACGAUCUUGUUAAUAUGAAAAUGGGGAGAGGGAUAACCUCUCCAACCAGCAAAGAGACAAAACCCUGCUCCAAGACUGAAGGAAAGCACACAAUCCCAUAGCUAGAGUUUUCUUAAUAUUUCU